AUGAAGACUGAUGCCGACAAGCGAGACAAGAAGAAGUACUGUCACUUCCAUUGCGACCACAACCACUCCACUGGCGAUUGCUUCAACCUCAAGGAAGAAAUUGAAACCCUCAUCCACAAUGGGCAUUUGCAGAAGUAUGUGUACAUGAGGAGAGAGGAACGCUCAGACAAAGAGUCGAACAACAAAGUAAUAGGAGAGAUCCACACGAUAUUCAGCGAGCCUGCAGGAGGGGACUCUAACAGAGCACGUCGAGCUCAUGCUAGGAGCAUAAGUGCAUCGAAACUGCUACCGCCUCAAACUGGAUGCAACCAAUCUUACAUACAUAUCAAUGCUUCAAUUGUUUUCGAGGUGAGUGAGAUUCGAUACUUGCUAACAACCCCACUUCCUGUGCUAAAACCUGUUUCUGAUGCCACGAUCGAAAUUGGAAUUGAUAAUAUGUCUCGUGCCAUUACUGAAAGUCUAGGGUAUUCAUAA